CAAGUUUACUUCUCAUCCUUCGCGGAAAUCAAAAUGCGAUUAAAGUCUGGAUUGUCUCGAGGCUGCUGAACCCUCGACAAACAACAAACCCGAAUUCUAUCAUCGUCAUUACGCUCCGCAAUCUAGAAACUUCUUACAACGGUUCCGCGAGAGACGUUUCUCUUCUCCCGAAAGUUCUUUCGACUGCCAUAACCUGUUACAAGCUCCGCGUUCGGAGUCCUCAAACCCUACGGAAGUGUUCGUUAACGCGCAAUGGCUCCGGAAAUCCGCGUCUUUAUUUGAUAUCCCACACUUUGGAUGCAACAAUUAACGUGAAGCCUGAAAGAACCUUGCAGACCCGAUGGCAAACUAAUCCCGAACAAAUUCUCCCGAUUCCGCCGCGAUGACUAUGAUCUAAGUUGAACAGACUAGAAUCCACAACAAUGAACCCGCAGAUACUGAUAAUGAGCGCGUUCGCCGCAGCCUCGGUGGCGUUAAUAGGCUUCUUAGCCUAUCGAGUCCGCCACACGUCGGAAGAAAUCGACUUUAUGAGCCAGCCACCGUUAAAAGACAACAGCUCCUUGGAGGAAGACCUGUGGGACAUCCUUGGAUUCCUGCCACAGAACGACGUCCAGGAAGUCAUCGAGCGUUACAUGAAAUACGACAAGCAGAUCGGUGACACCGUCAGCUUCAUCAACGACCACAAGAGAUUUUUAAUUCGCGAGCUACAGAACAUGCCCCAAGUGCACCGUAUCGCGCUUGUCCUGUCCAAAAAUGGGUUGGACGUCGCGUACUGGUCCGAAAAAGUGCAGACCUGCUGGAAAAUGGCGCCGCGGUACAUCCGGAACAAUAGGGACAUGGCGGACGGUGGAUUGACAGUGAUGAUCGACCAAAUAUUGCGCCUCAUACCGUUGAACGAGCUGGACGAUCUGCUGCGACAGAAGGCCAAGUAUUCCGGCAGCUUCCGCAGGUUGCUGCAGCUGCUGAAGUCGAACGACUUCGAGGAACUGUGCAACGCGAUAAAAAAGAACAGGAUGAUGCAUCAUCAUUACUUCUGGGCGGAGGAGAGCGGCCUCGAAGUUAGGUUCGCCGGCGAGCUGCUUUGGCUGUUACAUUUAUACCUGACGCAGAACCUGCUCACGUAGAAAGCUACGGUAAUGUCUCCCUAACUGACGCUCAGAUUGCGCAGAGAAAUGGACAAUUUGGGAAGAGGAGAUACGAUUA